UUUCAAUAAAAAUAAACGCGCCGGGCCGGUUGUUGUCUAAACACCAAAAGAAAAAUACAAAUAAGAGUAAAAUAAAAUAUGUAUUUAAAAUACAAAAUAAGAAGAAAGUGAAAAUAUAGCAUAUAUGAAAUUUUUGUUUGAACAAAAUUUUUGAACGAUUAACACUAAAAAUAGACCAAACGGUUGUCUAUUUAUUACGUGUAUAAGGGAUUUGCAGUGCGGCGCUUUGUGGGAAUAGCAACAACACCAGUUUAUACAUACAUUUGCAAAUGCAUACAUAUGUAUGUAUGUAUGUAUAAGCAAAAUUUGUGCUAACAAAAAAUUGAAUUUAAUGAACUUGUGUCAUUUAUACACAUUUGUAUGUAUAUUUAGUUGAUUAGAUUGAAAAUUUUAAAAACGCUAUUAUAUAGAUAUAUGUAAAUUAAGUAAAGAAAAAGCACAUUAUUGAAAAAUAAAUACUUAUACAUAUAAUUCUCAAAAUGACCACAUCGAAUACGAUAGUUUUGAAGAGUCUUUCCAUACUGCUCGGAUUAUUCUUCAUCUUUGUGGGAUUACUUAAGUUGACACCAGCUAUUAGCAAGGAUCUAUUCAAGGACUUGCGAACAGAAUAUGUUAAAUAUGCCAAAGUUUUUCCGCUGGCCACAAUGUUUGGCUUCAAAUUGCCCUCGAAGUGGUAUCGUCGAACUGUUGGUAUCCUGGAAAUAACUUGCGGGCUGGCUAUGGCACUUAUUCCAUAUCAUAAAGUAAAAAAUGCUGCCAAUGUAACUCUGUUGCUAUUAAUGAUUUUGGGUGUCUACCAACAUUGGAUGGUCAGUGAUCCAUUCGAACGAUCUGGACCGGCGCUCGUAUUUACAUUCAUGCUAGGCGGACGACUUGUUGUAUGGUAUCAGACAAGUCGGAAAGACAGUGAAUUAGCAGCUGCCACACAACCACAAACGAAUGGCGUGAAACAGGAUUAAGAACUCAAUAAGACAUCGUAGAAAGCAGAUAUUCACAAUCAAUCCAUUUUAAUAAAAUAUAACGCAUAAUUAUCUAUGAGAAAAAAGGUCUCGCACAUCACAUCUCAUCACAUCAGACUUAAGAUAAACAUACACACAUAAGUGCAAUUUGCACAUCAAAGCAAUCAAUUCAAUUACAACAAUGAUUAAAGUGACAAACAUUAAUAACCAUUCAUAACAUCAUACAUAAGAAAUCUCGUAAACAUCUCUAAUUCAAUAUUCUCAUAACUGCACAGUCACCAUUUUGUAUCAUAAAUUAAUGUUUUCUUUGAAAUUAAAAGUAAAACCCGUUGUAAAUCCAAAAGUCUACCAUGAAAUGUGCUCAACACACUGUCAGUAAAUAUAUACACAUAAUUAUCAUAUAAUGAACGUUUUUAACCGCACAAUUUAAUGAAUAUUGAAAUAAACUAAUUCAUAAAUGUGAUGUAGUGGAACUUCAUCUAUCAUUUAAAAUUUUAUUCAUCGAUUUUUGUUUUCAAAUGAAAUUCGCACGCAAUUUUAAUAAAAAUUUCAAACUGAAAA